ACCCUCCCUGCCUCCCCCCCGUCCCUUCACAUCCAUCCUCCCAUAAUCCAUCCAGGUUUUCUUCCGGGAAAGCUCGGACGCGUUGCAGGAAUGGCUGCAAGAGCGACCAUUGUUUUUUUGUCCGUAACUGAGAAAGAAUAAAAAAAAAGAGGGCGUCCAUCAGAAGAGGAAGAAGAAUAAGGAGGAGGAGCAGCAGGGAAUCCAGCUGCUGCAGCCAUGGCCGCCAAAGAGAUCACCGUUUUUGGCUUCGCGAGUGUGAACAAGGACAUCACAGACAGUAUCAGGAAGAUCAUCGAGAAAUCAACCAUUAAGUUCAUUUGCGGAAUUAAGACUGACACCAAGAGCGGGAAAACAGAGGAUCGAAUUCUGGUGCUGGCAACGUGGCGUCUCUACUUCCUGGCGCCCAAGAUUCCCGCCAAGGUUGAAUCCACAUUUAACUUUUUGGAGAUCCGAGCAUUGAAUUCACACCCAGAUCACCAGGUCAUUAUCGACACCGACAAGUCCACCUGCUGCCUGAGGUUCGAGUCACGUGACCACCUCAACCACGUGGUCAGCCACAUCAAUUAUGCGCUCUCAAGGAUAUUCAACAACUCGGUGUUUGCCCCGUCCAUCUGUCACUCUGAUAGCGACCUUUCAGAGGGCAGCAGGAAGUAUUCGCCCACCUCGGAGACGUCGGUGGAAACCCAGCGGGCCUGUGGAGGCUUUUCAGAAACCUACGCGGCACUGUGCGACUAUAAUGGCAUCAGCUGCAAGGAGGAAGUGCAAUGGGACGUUGACACCAUCUACCAUUCCCAGGACAACCGUCAAUUCAACCUGCUAGACUUUAGCCACCUUGAGAGCAGGGAUCUGGCGGUGAUUGUAGCAUCGGUGGCGUACAACACGUGGUUUACUAAGCUGUACUGCAAAGACCUGCGCUUGGGCUCAGAGGUGACUGAGCAAGUCCUGCACACUGUCAGCAAAUCAUCCAGCCUGGAGGAGAUCACGCUGGAGAACGCUGGGUUGAAAUCAGACUUUCCACAAAAGAUGUCGGCCGCUCUCUCCGAGAACCCCGCCGCUGUCAUCCACUCACUCAACCUGGCCCACAACUCUCUGGACAACCAAGGUGUGGCCAACCUGAUCCAGCAAAUGUGUCAUCUCAGCAAGGGUCUCCGUCUCCUCAACCUCUCCAAGACCUCGCUGACCUCCAAAGGGGUGGUGUCGCUUUCUAUGGCGCUGAACUCCAGUGACGAGUACUCCAACUCGCUUCUGCACCUGGACCUGAGCAAGAACCCCGGCGUCCUGUCCGGGGACGACGCCUCGAGCUUGUAUCUCUUCUUGUCGCAGCCCAACUGCCUGGUGCAUUUGGAUCUGUCGGGCACAGAUUGCUCUGUGGACUCACUAUUCGGGGCUCUUCUGAGGGGCUGUUGCGCUGAUCUCUCCUUUCUGAAUCUUUCCAAAAAUUCCUUCUCCCACAGAAAAGGGAAGGACACGUUGCCGUUGUUCCGUCAGUUCUUCAGCUCCGCGUUCAGUCUCACCCACGUCAGCCUGGCCGCCAUGAAACUGCCCCCUGAUGUCCUCAGGGCUCUCCUCAUGGGCCUAACCUCCAACCCUCACAUCAACGACCUUCAUCUCGACAUCAGUGGCUGUGAGCUUCGAUGUGCAGGAGCUGCUGUCCUCCAGGAGCUCUUCCCCAGAGUCUCUUCCAUCGGCACGUUGGACAUCUCAGACAAUGGUUUGGAUGCAGACUUGCUCACGGUGCUGCCCGCCCUCUCGAGACACCCGUCGCUGAAACACCUUCAUCUCGGCAAGAACUUCAACAUCAAAAACAGGGUUCUGGAUGAAGUCCUGCAGAAGUUGGUGCAGCUCAUACAAGAGGAGGAAUGUGCCCUGCAGACCCUGUCGCUGACCGACUCCCGCCUCCGUUCCCGGGGCACGGUGCUGGUCAACGCCCUGGGGAGCAACACCUGUCUGAGGAAAGUGGACCUGAGUGGCAAUAACAUGGACGACAUCGGCGCCAAGAUGCUGAGCAAAGCCCUGCAGAUCAACACCACUCUCCGGAGCGUGACAUGGGAUCGCAACAACACCUCCGCAGCAGGAUUUCUCGAUGUGGCCAGAGCACUCGAACAUAAUUUCACCCUGCAGUACAUGCCCCUCCCCCUGAGCGACAUCAGCCAGGCAUACCGCAGCGCCCCCGAGAGGACGGAGCAGGCACUUACCAAGAUCCAGAGGGCUUUGGUGAGGAACAACCAGACUCAGCGUUUCUCCCAGCGUCAGGCUCUUCGGCUGCAUCAAGGCCUCGUCACCAGCACCGCAGAGCAGGUGAUGGAGCGUCUAUGCGCACGCGUUCAGCAGCAAGUGUGCCUGCUGCGAGGCGUCGGUGAGGCAGAUGACAUUCAAGCAGCCAAACAAGUUCUAAAGGAGGCCAGGAAUUCCCGCGCGCUGUACCCCUCCCUGUGCGAGCUGGCCCACGUGCUCUCUGUGGACGGGCCAGUGCGCCAGCGUUUGGACUCGCUGGCCGGCGAGCUUGCCAAAGCCGCCGACAAGGAGCUUCAGGUGAUCGUCGAUUCGAUGGUGUCUCUCUGCCGUGAGCUCUGUCCCUUAUCGUCUGCCGCUGCGGAGCGACUGACCCCCCCACUCUCGUCCGUUUCGGAUCGCGUGUCCGUACCUCGUGCCGCCAUCCGCACCGCCCUGAUGGAAAGAGCAGCGCAGGAUGUCCACCGAGCCUUAGAAGAAGUCAAACUGUCUGUGGUCUCCUAUCUGACCAACUCCAUCGUGGACCAAAUCCUGCAGGAGCUCUAUGCCACCCACAAGACGUUGACCCGCCAGAUGUCUCAUCUCAAACGCCGGGAUGGGUCGUGCGAAGACGGAACGGGCUGGAGGUUCAACAGACACAGAGACUCUCUUGACAUCACUGAGGAGGAGCUCGGCACCAGUAUAGACACAAUAGCCAUUAAGAAGCGCAGCUCGAGAACAAGACGAAUACGACCCGUCUCCACCAGGCUGAGUCUCUGUGAUGACUCCAGCUCCUCGCCGCCCCCUUCCAUCCCGUCCUAUUCCACGCCACUGUCCCGCUCAGCCUCCUGGGAGGGUCUCUCUGAGUUGCCCACGCAAGGUCUGCCUCUCCACCACGUGACCAGGGUCCGCCCGAGACCUCCACGCAGGCACAAAGGAGGAUAUCUACCAGCCGAGACGCAUUGUAGUGAAAAUGGAGGAAUAAGCCCGCUGGAUGACGGACUGCCAGAUUUCUAUACAAAAAGAGUCCUACCAGAUAGUCAACUCUCCUCUCUGCACAACACGCACUCACUGAGGAGGAAGAAAAGGAGGAACGUGCUCGCCAUCUUUGGUUUCCGCAGAAACCGCAACCAGACGCUGUCCAACCAGGAGUCCGACGCUGACUUUUACGGCGAUCACACCGUUGCUCGGGCAUCAGCAGGGCCGGCCGCAGAGAACGUGUACACACUCCUCCAGCCCCCGAGGUCUGCCGCCAGGGUUGGCUCUCCCGGAAACGGACCCGAUGGGAAAACUACUCUGGCUUUGAGUCCGCCACCGCCAUUGCCAGGCUUUCCACAAUCAGGGAUGGGAGGGAGCAAACACCCCUUUUACUCCCCCACUGAGCACUCCGAAAAGGACGCAGUGCCCGAGCACCCGCUGAUGGAAGCCGACAAGUACUGGGCGGACGACAGGCAGAGGACCACCGAGGUGCUGCAGGCCGAGGACAUGUGGAUGGACAGCAGGCCGGGCGAGCGGCACGCAGAGCGGCGGCGCUCGGAUGAGAAGCCGGGAGAGGCGUGGACCGCCGACAGACACACAGACCGCCAAAUUGACAGACAAUGGACAGCGGAAAGACACACGCAGUGGCAGAUCGAUCGGAAGAUGGAGAGACAGCGGCUAGGCGGCAGGCAGAUCGACCGCUCGUGGUCGGAAAGCAAGCAAACGGACGUACAGUUGGACACCCAGUGGACGGAAAGGAGUGUGUGGAAGGCGGACAGACAAGUCCAGGCGCUUCAUUUCACUCAAAGGCCUUUGCCGCCGUACCCCUCGGACAGGACGCCCUCGCCCAAACAGGAAGUGAGCGCGGAGCUGGACAUACAGGGAGAGAGACGCAUCAGUCCUGAUGCUUGCGUAGAAGGGUGGAGGAGCGGCUACGCCGGGCGACCAGUCUCCUGCGUGACGAAACCUGAACCCCCGCCACAAAGUAGCAAACCCAACUUAUCCAAACUGAGGCAAAGGCAUCGACUGGAGAGCUCCGACACGCUACCUGAAGAGGAUGCCGAUGGAGAGGGCGAUCCAGCCAAGUUGGACAAGAAGGACCAAGAAAAAAGAAGAGAUUUGGAGGGUCAACCGCCGCCGAUUCCAGAAAAGCCAAAGACGUCAUACGUGACUUUCAUGAAAGACCCAGCUCCGGAGAGGAGCUUGCCCCCUCCACCUUUGCCCCCGCCGUUUGGCAGAUCUGUGCACGGGCUGCCUGACAGAGCUGCCAGUCAAGGCGAAGAAGGAUUGCGACCUCAGGCACCCGUCAAGCCCCAGAGGAACAGAAAAGCCAUGUCGUGCGACGCAGGCACGGACAGGGACAGCCCCGAUAGCAUUGAGAAGCCCCCAAAUCGCAAACCCCCCGAGAAAAAGCCUAGAAUGCCUCAAAACAGAAAUAAGUCGCUGGACUUGUCUGACAGUUUCAACACAGCACCCGGUCACAGCGAGCUGGUGUGAUGAUGUCACAGCAGGGCGGAUAACACACACACACACAUUCACACACAUUAUUCUGCUCCACUCAUUUAACAGUGUUUGCCUCUUGAGAAGACCCCCUCAAAUCUUUAUCAUCGCCUCCGAUCCCGACUCGUGGCUUGUAAAAAUGCUUUUUUUUUUUUUUUUUAGUCAUAAUAGAAUGUGAUUUCUACGUCUGCAGUGCCCGCCAACACAGCCGACUGCCUUGAACACGACUUGAGGAUUUAUAUCUGAAAGGUGAUAUUAUAUUUUAUAGAGAGAGAAAAAUCAAUAUGGUGGAUGAGUACUCCCACUAAACCACAAACACACUGUAUGAAUGAAUGUACGAAUAAAUAUGGAAUGGGUAAACUGC